UCUUGGCGGAAGGACUGUAUGUGAACCUGCGCCUCUUUUCGCUAGCAACGUGUGUUUUUGUGUGUGUGUGUUUACCCCGUAACAUUGGCUUCCCAGCAGUGCUCUCGUUUUGGACGUUAACUGACUAUCAUCGCAUGUGCGUCUUGGACUAAAACUUUUUUUUUUUGCUCUUUCCUAUCUUUUCUCUGAUGAUGGCGUGGACGAAAGUGGUUUCAGUGGGGAUGGUUCUUGUUUUUGGAGCACUAGGAUAUGUUUCGUGCUUGGAAGUCGAUAGCAGAGAUGUCGUGGAAGGCCAGAGUAUCAGACUGACUUGCAGGUUCAAUCAGUACAGAUCUGGAGAGAUGCGCGUUUAUUGGAUGAGAAUAAAGACAAAUACGGAUAUCAUCUCUAUUAAUAAUGAUUCUCACAGUGAAAGUCUGUAUAAAGUUGAUUUUAAACCAGAAGAAGGUCGGUAUGACCUAACUAUCUUAAGAGCUGAAUAUGAAAAGGACAACUGCCAGUUUGAAUGUAGAUUCAAAGAUAAGUCAAGAAAUGAAUUAAGUUAUACAGUUAUUGCAGCAUUCAGUGUUACUGUUUUGAUUCCUCCUGGUCCACCACAAAUCACUCCACCUAAACCUGUGGCCCGAGAGGGUGAGACCUUUGCCUUGUCCUGCAUGAGUCAAGGUGGAAGUCCUGACCCAAUUGUUCAGUGGUAUAGAGAAGAUGUUCCACUUCAAGCUCAGCUACAGAAAGGUGGUUCUAGAGAUCGUCCUACUACAAGUGUCUUAUCUAUCAAUCCUAGAAUGGAGGAUGAUAAUGCAACUUAUCGCUGUGCAGUUUGGAACAGAGCCAUUCCCGAAGAACUGAAAAUGGAAGGAACAGUUGCUCUGAGAGUUCAAUAUGCUCCUAGGAUCAAAGUCGGUCCCUUUAAUCCUCUGAGAAUUAUGGUGAAUGCUGAUGCUACACUUACUUGUAUGGUAAAUGCUAAUCCUCCUACUCGUACUGUAAGAUGGUUGAAAUCAGGGCAGCUGCUGUCUCAUACUAUGAACCAUACCAUUCCAUCUGUAAAGCCAGAAGAUAGUGGAACAUAUACAUGUGUGGCUGAAAAUGGUAUUGGAGAAGCAACUCAAAUUAAUUUGGAGCUUGCGGUUUUAUAUGGUCCCACAGUCAAUCUUUUACCAGAAAAAGAAGUUUCUUUGGGAGAAUCCCUAGCUGUCAAAUGCAAUGUAGCUUCUUACCCUCCACCUCACACCAUUGAAUGGAUGAAAGAAAAUGAUCCCUUCUUCAGACAGAGUGGUGACACCCUCAGAUUGGAAUCUGUGUCUUCUGAAGAUUCCGGAAGAUACUUCUGUAAAGCCACGACUACUGCUCGGCCAUCUGGAUCAUCUAUGCAAAGAGAAUCUUCUAGCAAUUCAUCAAUCUUAAUAAAUAUUAGACACAAACCUGGUGAGACUGUAAUUCAACCUGCAACUCUUGAAGCUGUGACUGGCAAACCCUUUACUCUAAUGUGCUCAGCAAAACCUCCAGGCUAUCCCUUACCUGAAUACCGCUGGUGGAAAGAAGGCCAGGAAAAGGUUGAACUUAGCCGUAAAGCAAAUUACACUCUACUCUCUGCCCAUGUUAGCCAUGAGGGACAAUAUUAUUGUCAGACUCAAAACAGUUUAGGUUAUGGCUCCAUAGCUUCAGCUUAUUUGACUGUUUAUGAACCGGUCUCCCUUACUAUUCCUUUAAGACCUCAAGUUAUCAGAAAAGAGACAGAUGCAAAUUUCAGCAUCACUUGCAGAGCUAGAGGAAAGCCUAUCCCUCAGGUUCAGUGGGUACACAAUGGGCAGACAAUACCUGCUGACAGUGGAUUCUUCAAGAUAAUUACUACAAACAGCAUUGAGGAUAAUAAUGUUAAUUCUCUACAAAGUACGCUUGUUUUUGAGGGAAGGGAUAGAAAAAAUGGCCGUCUUACUUCUGAGGAUCGGGGGAAAUAUUCCUGUGUAUAUGAUAACGGAUUUGGAGAAGUGAUUUCUACUUUGAACUUAAAAGUAGAACAUUCGCCUAUUGUAAAACACACAUACAACAGAGUUGCCUUUGAUCCACGUGAGACUGCAGUACUUAAAUGCAUUAUGCAAGCUUAUCCUGAACCUGUUUUCGAAUGGUUUCACUAUGGAAGAGGACUUGAUAACUAUGGAAAUCAUGGCACAAACGUUACUGAUAUUGGUGGUGAUACAUAUGUUGGUGUUUUGUCCAUCAAAGAUUUGACAGAAAAUGAUUAUGGGGAGUACACAUGUCGAGCAUGGAAUCAAAUUGGUGACAAGAAAACUAUUAUCAAGUUAGUUAAAAAAGGUGUCCCUGAGCGACCAUCUAAUAUAGAAUUAGUAGAUGCCAGUUCUGACAAAAUUACUUUACGAUGGACUGAAGGAUUUAAUGGUGGAUUUUCAAGCACUCAAUAUUUGAUUACUUAUUGGCCAGCCAAUGAAAAUGUUAAAGGCAGAAAUGAGUCAUGCAGAUCACAAAAUGUUUGUGAAAUCAUUGGUUUGCAAUCUGAGACUGAAUAUAAAUUCAAAGUCUUAGCUGUUAAUCCCAAAGGAUACAGUCCAUAUUCAGAAGAAAUUAUUAUCAAAACAAAACCAAAUCUAAGAGAUUUACCUCGUGCUAUUGAUGCUCACUUUGACAAAGAAACUAGUCAACUAACGUUUGCUGUUGACCCUCUUCCUAUUCCUUUGUCUGCAAAAGUACAGGCAAGAUAUGCAGAUUCUGAAGAAUGGAUUCAUCAAAAAUAUAUUGAAAUUGAAUCAACUGAAAUGAAAGUGUAUUUAAAGCCUGGUGAUCAGAGCUUCAGUGAUGUUCGAGUUACUCUUUGUCUUCAAAGCAAUGAAUCUUGGUGUGGAGAUGCGAAGAUUGCAAGCCCAUUUGAUGAUUCAGCACCUCGAUCUGUGGAAACUGCUGGCGUUCGUGUAGAAAACAUGUAUGUGAUAAUAACUAUUGCUGGAUGCAUUUCUGUUGCUGCUAUAAUUGCAUUCAUAUGUUAUUACAUGUGCAGAAAAUCAAACCAAGGUAAUAAGAAGAAGCAAGAAAUCAAGACUUUGAAUGCUGGACCCCCACCUGUCACAUUACCAUAUUAUUCAGAAGAAAAUCUUACGAAACAUGGGGAUGUUUUAGAUUCGAACCCCAAAGGAAAUAUCUAUAUGACUGGAAUGCCUGAUGGUCCAAAUGAUCAUAUGUGUCCUGGAUCAAAUGAUCACGGUUUAAUGUAUCCAGGUGACCGAGAUCUAGGAUUAGGUAUGGGACCCAAUAGUCAUUUGAAUAUGCUUCUCAAGAAUGGAGAUAUUCCCGAUGGCUCGUAUUAUCCAUUUGAAGGUGAAAUGGUCAAUGAUUAUUAUAGUGGAAAUGACUUUAAGCCUGUCAAUAAUGACAUGAUGAACAUGAAAAACAGAGAACAUCUGCAUUCUCCUUAUUAUGAUGUCAGUGGACUGCCAGAUCCAUACAGCAUGAGAGAUGAUGAAAAAAUGCAUCCCAACUCUAUGUGCUUUGAUGAAAGCUUAGAAAGUGGAUAUUCAACUCCUAAUUCUCGGUCAAGGAGAAUUAUUAGAGAAAUCAUUGUGUGAAAUGCCAAUAAUGUACUUUUUUCUCACUUCAAUUUACAGCUGCAUGGAAACAGUAUUGAAGGCUUUAUUAUGUAUAUAUGGUUUUCUAUAGCUUUCAUGUUUCCAGCAGUAACUUUUGUGUGUGAUAUAACAGUCCUAUUGGACGAGACAAAAUUUUUCAUCAUGAAGCAAUGCAAAUAAAGACUUUUACUGCAUGGUUUUGAUGAUCAUCAAGAUGAGCUAAGUUAGCAUCAUUUCAGGAAAAUGUAUGCAAUUUGAAAAUUCUUCCAAUAGUCUUACAAUAGACAAUUUAAUAUCAACUACUUUCAGAUUAAGAGAAUGCAAGAUGAAGAACAUUGUUUGGACUUUUCAGUGUAGAAUAUGUGGUCUAAAUGUGGUCUGAAAAACCACAUGCUCUGUUGGGCCAAAAGAUUAUUUAUAUACAGCAUCAGGCCAUUUAUCUGCAUGUUAUGAAGGCAUUUCGUCGUUUGAACAUGAGCAUUAAGACCCAAUGUUCGUGGAUUACAAAUCAUGCAGGUAUUAAGGGUAUGAGAUUUUGCAGAAGCGGUUUUGUCCUUUUAAAAUUAUGAGUCACAUUUUUGUUUACUGCAUAGUGUAAAUAUGUGCUUUUAUAUCCCUCCAUGUACACUGUACAGUGAAACACCAUGUUCUUGUUUUUGAAACAACUUGGCCAUUUAACUGAUCAGAUGUAGGCAUUUUUUAAUACUUCCACUUUUUGAUGUUGCUCAAUGCUUGUUGCUAUUUAAGAUCGCCUAUUUUCAGUUUGUUGAAAAGGUUUCAUAAGGAUGUAAAUAUUAUUUAAUUUUAUCUGAUCAGGUAAAUGGUUGACUUUGAUGUAUGUUGUUUUACCAUUCCAUUUUGUUUAUGUGUAAUUCAUAUUUCAUUUUUAUCAUCAUUUUGUAUGUAGAUGGCCAUUUUUUCAAUAUAAUUUUUUUUAUUAUUUAAGAAAUAUAUCUUUAUAGAAAGUAUUACACUUCUCGAUGUUUCAGCAACUAAAUACAAGCAAGUUAUCAUCUAACUAGGAAAAAAUUAUAUUUUUAGAAAUACAGUUUUUUAUUACUUAACUGAUAUUUUAUAGAAUAAUAAAUAUUUUGUUUAUGAAUAUAAAUUUUAUUUAAAACACAAAUCUUAAGAAUAGUUAAAAUAUUCUUCCCUUAAUAAAUUACCUGAUUUAAUGUUUAAUGAUAAAUACGAUUCAAUUCCAUUUCUGUGCUGUUAAACUAUAUUUCGAAAUUAUGGUAGGCAAAUUCUUCUUCUUUUAAUACAAAUUUGAAAAUAUAACUUAAAUUAUAUAAUGUUUUCUAAUGUUAUGUUAAUUUAAAACAAACUUUAGUUAAAAUUUUUGAAAAAUUGCUUUUAAACACCCAAUGUUCAAAUUAAAAGAUGUUUUUUUUUUUUUUUUUUUUUUUUUAAUGUCAGUGAUUAUGCUUACAUAUUUUGGUGAAAUCCUAUAUUUGGAUGAAGUAAAUAUUAGCAGCCCAUAUACAUUUCCUUCAAGCUGUUUUCUAUAGGUUUGCUUUUAGAUAUAUAUUUAAAUGGGGGGGGGGUCUCUUUAUUGUACAUGGGAACUAAAAUAAUAAUGAAUAAGUGUCAUGAAAAAUAUAAUGUGCUUUGAGUUAUGGAACAAACUGAAAGUAGUGUGCAAGUAUUGGAUUUAGGCAUUUUAUGCCUUCAAGUAAUGCCCAUAAUAAGGCCCAUUUUAUAAUUACUAGUUGAUUUAGUUUCAUAUUUUGAUGCUAUUUUACUUUAUCAACAUAUUAUUGAUUUAUUCUACUUCAUUUCACUUAAUAAACAUAUUAAUGGUUUAUUAUUUUAUUUUAAUAACAAAGUAAAAAUAUUCUUAUAUCAUAAUUAAUAUAUUUAUAGUUAUUAGUUAUAUUUUAAUUAAUGAUUUUAAUAAUUCAUCAAAAGUAGGUAUUUUAGUUCAACUAUUUUUUGUGAAUAAAAGAAUUUUUAUUUUCAUUCAUUUAUUUAUUUGAAACCAAUUAAUAACUUUUAAAAGACAUCUAACAUCCUCUCCCACAAUUUAGCUCCAUGGCUUUAGCAAUGCCCAUUAUUGCACACACACUUAAUAUGCACCAUGUAUUUUUUUUUUUUUUCAUGGAAUGGCUUGAAGAUACGAAAAAUGUAAAAUACUUGCAUUGCAGCAUCAAUGAAAUGUACUUUAAGCAAUUUAUAAUCAAUACUAUCCAGCAAUUUUUAAAUUUAUAUGCCCCACUGACAUGUGUGACAACAUCAAUGAAGUAAUUGGUAUAAAAAUUCAGCAAUGCAAUCCUCCAUGGUAUCUGUGUAAAUAUGAGCAUCAAUAUUUCAUCUAUGCUUCCGAAGUAUUAAUGGAACCAUUUUUGGGUAUUAUAAUUCAAACUAUUUUUAAGAAGUAUUUUGUAAUGAUGCUGAAUUAAAGUAUUUGAAGUUUCCCUUUAAUUCAUCAUUCAGACAGUCGAUUGUGCCAAUUCAUUCCUGUAUAAAAGAUAUUUAUUGUAGUUUGCUCUUCACCACUCUUUUCCCUUGAUUUAAAAAUAUUUUUUGCAUAAAUAAAUAUCUGAAUUCUUCAUUCCAAAUUUAUGCUCGCAGCCAGUGGCAGUUUUAUAUCUUUAUUUUUAAUGUCACAAACUUUUAAGUUGAUUUUCAGUGAAUUCCAUCCAUGAUGUGUAUUUAAAAAUUAGAAGGCAUAUGUUUAGAUAUUGUUAAAAUUAGUGAGAGAACUGUUAUUUUAUGUCCCUUCCUUGUUAUUGUGGUUGAAGAUUUUUUUUCGCCAGUAUUUACUGAGUAAGUUCGAAAUUAGACUCAAAUAAUUGAUUUCUCCCAAGAUAUGUUUGCAUGUUAUUUUGAUGUGAUAGUAAUUUUAUUUUGUCAUAUUGGAUAAAACCUUUUAUAUCUAAGGAACAAAUAUUUUAGGGCCAUUUUGUUUUAAUUGCCUGUUAUUAUUUUCGAAAAUUAAACAGAUUGUUGUGAAAAUUUCUCAAGAAUCAGAUUGUGAAAUUUUUUAUAAAUAUUUUUGUGCCUAUAUGUUAGUUAUUGUCAGUUGCUCAUUGUAAAUUAUAUUUUGAUGCACCACCUGUAUGUAAAUAGUUAUUUUUGUACGGAAAUUGUGUGUGUUAGUAGAAGUGAUGGAUUGAUUUAGUCACAUCAUUUGUAUAUCUGCUAAAAUGUAAGUUGCUUUUCACAUGCAGUUGUGUGACUUGUAUGAAUAAAAUAAAUAGUUUUCAUUA